CAGGUGAACAUUAUACGCUAAACAAAUCGCAGUAGUGGCUAUACUGCUAGCAUAGGAUUAAAAUUAAGUUGAAAAAGAAAAAAUUAUAAAAAGUGAAAGAGAAUAUCAAUUUUUGAUAUUUUAGUUAUUUUUAUUUAUAAAAUUUCAUUUUAAUUAAAUAGUUUUAAAAGAUAUACGCCUGCAUUAAAGACAAUAGUAUUGUGUUAACAGUGAUAUUAAAAAAUUAAAAAAAAAAUCCUAUACAUAUCAAUUUAUUUUAACAUUUUUUGAGAUAAUUGCAAAAGGAAAAAUGAAAACUUAUAAAAAAAUUUACAAUUAUUUAAAUUCAAGGAUUUAUUUUUCAUUAUUUAUGUUUAUUUUGUUAAUGUGGAUGGCAUCAAUUUCUAACGCAAUAUCAUGUGAUUCAUGUGGUAGAGAAUGUACCAGAGCAUGUGGAACAAAACAUUUUAGAACAUGCUGUUUUAAUUAUUUACGAAAGAGAUCAGAUCCAUCGCUUUUAAAACUACAAUCUGCAAAAUCAACAUUACCAUCUUCUUCAGGAUCCUCAUCAGUAUUUUCGACUACAUCUGAUUUAGAAACUCCAACUGCUUUCUUAAUUAAUUCUAUUUCAGAUGAACAAAUUUAUGACCCAAAUAUAAAUUAUCGAGUUUUAGAACAAAUAAUCGAUGAUAUUCAACAUGAUUCAAAAUCAUUGGAAAUUGAAGUAAGAAAAGCACUUAAUACAAGAAAAGCAGAAUAUGCUGAAAAAAAACAUCAAUUACAAGAAAUACAACAGCAACAAUUGCCACCGCAACCAAAUAAUAUACAACAAAAAGAAUUAGACUAUUAAAAUUUUGAAAGAUUGAAUAUGUGUGACGUCAUCAUUAAAAAAUUAAUGAUGACAAAAAUUGAUUGAGUACAACAAAUUUAUAUGUAUAGCUAAUAUAAGAAAACAAUUUGAAAAAAUUCUUUGUUUUUUUUCCAAAUUUUUGAAUUCCUUAAUUAAAAAAAAUUUUAAAAAUUUGAAAAAAAAAUUACAUACAUAUAAUAAAGCACUUUAAUUAUAUAAAAAAAUAUUAUUAAUAUGUGGACAUUUUUAAAGCUUCCGAAUGUCUGAAAUACAAACUAUUAUAUUGAAUUCAUUAAAACUUCAAAUUAUUAUAUAAUUAAAUAAUGUUAUUAAAAUUAAUUAAUUUAAUAAAUAUUUAAAAAAUUUCUAUUUAUUUCAUUAAAUAAAUUUUUAUUGGACUUUUUUUAAAUAUUAAAAAUUAAAAAUUUAAUUAACAAAAAAAUGCCAAAAAAAUAGUGUCACCCACAAACACACCAUCAACUUGCACGAAUUUUAUAUGUUGACUAAAAAUGAAAAAUUCGUACAAAUUGAUCAUUAAUAAUUAAUUUGACAUUUAGUUUUUAUAAAUUUUAUUUUUUACUAUUGUAAUUGUGAUUAAAAGUAAUAACGUCAAAAAAAAAACUUCAAUCUCUGCAAAA